AUGGCGUACGAUAUCGGGUGGAUCAUCCCACGGCUGCGGAGCCCCGGCGUGUUGUGGAACUGCGCCAGCUCCAUCACCGUGGCUGUGGUCGGUCUGUUCAGCAAGAUCAUAGUAGAUUUCCUGAACAAGACGACGGUGUACAACCGGGAGGCGCUCCAGCGAGCCGUCCGUCGGCCGCGGGACGUGCCCCUCCUCACUGUCUCCAACCACCACUCCUGCUUCGACGAUCCCGGUCUCUGGGGAGUCCUGGACGUCGGCACCCUGACACGCUACUCCCGCAUGCGCUGGUCGCUGGCCGCUCACGACAUCUGCUUCACGAACGCGCUCCACUCCGCCUUCUUCGCGCUCGGCAAGUGUGUACCCGUGGUGAGAGGGGCCGGAGUGUACCAGACGGCGAUGGACUUCUGUGUGGACCGUCUGUGCGGCGGGGAGUGGGUGCACAUCUUCCCGGAGGGGCGCGUCAACGUGGACAAGCAGCGCAUCCGGUUCAAGUGGGGAGUGGGCCGGCUGGUGAUGGACAGCGCGGCGGCGGGGCGCGCGCCGCUGGUGCUGCCCGUGUGGCACGAGGGCAUGGACCGCGUGCUGCCCAACGUGGAGCCCUACCGCCUGCGCUUCCGGAACCACCUGUACCUGGCCGUGGGGGAGCCGCUGCCUCUCAGCCCGCUCCUCGACAAGCUCCGCAGCGCGAACGCGUCCGAGGAGGAGACCCGGCGCGUCAUCACGGAGCGCAUCCAGGAGGAGCUGAUGAAGCUCCGCGACCACACGCACGCGCUCAUCCGCCGCACGUGUCCGCCGGCCGCGGAGCGCCUGCUGGACCCCCCCGCGCCCGCCGCCGGGCCCUCCACCCCCGCGCCGCUACACAACGGCAAGGAGCGCGCGCCGCCCGACCUCACCAAGGACAAGGAGCUCUAA